UCAAGGGAAGUGGGUAUAAUUGUUGUGGUUUUGGUUUUUGAGAUGGCAGGAUCGUCAGAGAAGCAAGUGGUGGUGAUCGGAAUAGAUGACAGUGAACAGAGCACGUACGCUCUCAAAUGGACCCUUGAUCACUUCUUUCCGAGUCCAAUCUUCAAGCUGGUUCUCGUUCACUCCAGACCCACCGCCACUUCCGCCGUGGGUCUCGCCGGACCUGUGUAUGUAGGUGCCGCUGAGAUAUUGCCUAUUGUAGAUUCUGAUUUGAGAAAGAUUGCGGCCAGAGUCGUUGAUUCCGCUAGACAACUUUGCAUCGACAAAUCUGUAGAUGAUGUCACAGCGGAGGUUGUGGAAGGCGAUCCCAGAAAUGUUCUUUGUGAUGCUGUGGAAAAGUAUCAUGCAGCAGUAUUGGUUGUGGGUAGUCACGGUUAUGGAGCUAUAAAAAGGGCUGUUUUAGGGAGUGUAAGUGAUUAUUGUGCUCAUCAUGCUCACUGCACGGUAAUGAUAGUGAAGAAGCCAAAAAUCAAACAUUGAUCUGCAUUGUCUGUGUUCGUGAUACAACAAUAAACAUAGUCCUUACAUUAAUACUCGUCAAAUUCGGAGCUAUGCUUCUUCGACUAUGUCAUACUUGUUCUUAUGAUGUAAUAGACUUUACUUCUAAAGAUUGAAAUCAUAAAAUACUUCCGCUUUGUUUUGUACACAAUAAGUUAUUGAAGUAAAUAUGUUUGAUUAGUUCUUUCCUGCGCAA